UACAACACMAACAUUUAAAUCAAUUCGACCAUGAGCAAGCCGUUCAAAGAAGAACACUCACUCGGUGAGUUACUCAAAYCUAUUGACAUUGGAAAAUGCAUCGCUCGACACGGCCCCAGGUGUCAACGAUUCCAUGUUGCGUCUAAAACCGGACACGAGUGAUCCAAUCUUUUCACCACGACAAUUGCAUCCCUCGGAAUAAUAACGAUAUAUUUGGUUGCACCGUCAAGAGAAGCACUCUACUAGAUCGCUUUUAUAUCACUGGAUCGUCGAAGUUCAAGACAAAAGGCUCACUUCGAUUUUGUGYUCUUUCCUACCCACUCGUUAAUUGUUACUGUACCACCUAACCAMUUUGAUGCAUUCACGCAAAAAUAGAGAAACGCAAAUCGGAGGCCGAACGCAUCCGUGCGAAAUACCCCGACCGCGUUCCCGUAAUAUGCGAAAAGGCCGACCGAUCAGACAUUCCGGACAUUGAUAAGAAGAAAUACUUAGUUCCGGCGGAUCUGACCGUGGGACAGUUUCACUACGUCAUCCGGAAGCGAAUCAAACUGGCGCCGGAAAAGGCCCUCUUCCUUUUUUGCUCUAAUUCGAUCCCUCCAAACGCGGCUUUGAUGUCUACGGUGUACGAGGAGCAAAAGGACGAGGAUGGAUUUCUUUACAUUCAAUAUAGUGGAGAAUCUACAUUUGGCUCUCUACUGGAAGAAGCCGAAAACGACGAAAACAAUGAGUGAACGCUUUGUUGCAUAAAUAUUUCACUGGGAAAGAAAAUUGUCUCAACAACACUGACGUCGUUUGUCCUCUGAAGACUCAUUUUAUUUGAUGGAUAGAAUUUGUUCCGUUCGUAUUCCUAAGUCACGAUUGAAUUUUUAUUCAGAAAUAAUCAUGCCUUCGAGCAUACUGGUUUGUCCAUCAUCCRCUCAAUGAAUGUUGCUGAAGGUGACUUGGUUCUGUGAGUUUGUCGAGGUGCUAUGAUUAUGCCAAGGUGACGAUAAAUUUAGCGUGGUACCAUGGGAUUUCAAGCGAUUUUCAUGAAUUGCGUAGGUUCAUAAAUUUAAUUCAGAACAUAAAUGUUUGAGUACGAAAGGACUGGGCUUUCUACGGUACAAUUAUGACAAUUCUAUCGUACGUAGCGAUUGAUACUUGUAUCUUCUAAYUUCGUUGGGGGUUCUAACAUUAUGAUGCCAAGUAAUCAGAUUYUAAUGUUGKUUUGUCACSUCUUCGUCUACUGGUCGAAAACUAUGCAUAAGUCGAGUCCYGAAACUGCACCAAAUGAAUGCAGUAUGACAAACAGCUCAUUGACUUGAUCUAGAUCGAGGGAAACAUUUUGAGACCCAUUUUGACCCACUGGGACYAGAUCGWUGUUUUCCAUCCCACCAUCAUUUCGAAYAGCAAUUAUUUGGUUCGCUCCAGAAAUAUUCAAUAAUCCUAUGUUCUCAACCUUGGUCAAUUUUGAAAACUUAAAGUGAAGGACGCCACCAAGUGAUGGUUUGGAGRCUUUUAAUCUCUCGYUUGAGGUCAAACUAUCGGAUCCGGCCUUUCGCGACGGAAUUAAAACGUUGCCGAGAGGUUCACAAUUUUCCCCUGGUGCACCUUCUUUUCCUCCGUGUCCGAUACCAAAUCCACCGCAAUCAAAGUUGGGAGAGCCUAGAGCAAAGAUUUCUUUGUUUCCUACCAGUCCRUUACUUUCCAAAUUUGAGGAGUCAAAAAUCAUGGGAUGGAGGUUGCUGSUCCCGUCGUGCCCGUCUGCGUAAAUGUUGAUCCCAUAGCGGUGAAACCAUUCCCCYCUUACAAAAUCGCCCCCGUGCAUGUCUCGGCCAUUCGCGGCUCUGGCAAAGUUSAGAUGCACACGCCUGCAGAUUUGAAGCACGUUCUGGUUGGGCGUUGUCYUUUGGAGCGAAYCCGCGCUCUCUGUUCCWCUCAGGCGACUCGGAAACGAAACCGAAUGCUCUCGCUUCAGCUGUUGUAAAUCUUCCUSAAGGGAUCCAUYUUUUACCCCAACUAUGUCCGGAACUACAUUUCUUUCUCUUCUUUUGUCUGGAAUUCUGGUCCGAAGCUGGCGCRAACUGUUUCUCCUACCUGCUGAACCAUUGAAUCCUUUCUCGUCCCCGGUUGUCUGAUCCGUAUGCGGAAGGGCCGUCGAUACGGCCAACAUACCUACAAAAAUACUGAAGACGGUAUACAAGUGACGCACCAUCCUGACUACCCUUUCCGUUUUGAUUGUCGCCUUACACUACGCSGAUAAGACCCUCGUCUCUAUUGCAGUUUCCCUCUUUGGUGUUUCUUCUUCGAGAUUUUUCUCUGUAUCCUCGUGCCAUCGAUAAUGUUGUCAUAAUGGCGAUGAACGAUGGCAUCAAAACUCGGACAACAAAAUUUGGAUCAAAAAUUUUGUCAGUGCACGACUCAAAAUCGGCGACAAAAGUUUUACUGUAAUUGGUUACAAUAAAGAGUGAGCUUAUUC